GCGCCCGGAAUACCUACUCUCGCGAGAUUUGCGGAGGGAAAGCCAUUUUGUCGACGGACGGAGAACGUUGGUUGCCAGAAGGUGUUGGAAAAAAUAUUAGAUGUCUAAUUUUAAUACUCCAAUUGCUUAGUUGCAAUCAUGAACCCAGAGAUUUGGGAUAGUGAUGGUGGUUCUACUUCGGAGUCAAGUGAUUUACCAAAUAUAGUUUCCUCUGACGAGGAAUUGAAACCGUGGUUCCCUCCAUUUAAACCUGCACAGUUAAGCUAUGAAGUUCUGAUCCCAAAGCGAUGGUGUUACCUGAGGACGUCGGUUUUGAAGAGGUAUUGUCACAUUGUGAAGGUCCAACUACUGAGCCCCAUUCUCUUCGGUCGGCCUUACACGGACGAACUAUACAGGAGCUGGGCUGUCCAAGCAGAGCUCAUCCAGCAUGAGGAUUAUGGUGAGCUCCAAGACCUUGAUCUCAAAACACUGAAGAUCAUUGAUCUUUUGGAAUCUGCACACAGAGCUCUGCUUGUUUAUGCUAUGAAACGACCACUGCUAAUCCAGUUUGUUCGUGUUGUUAAUGAAAACCUUGUCCAGUGUUCCACUUUGGAAGAGGCAACGAACAUAGUAAAGCAGCAAACAAUUUUUCGGGAUGCCUGGAAGAUGACAGUAGGAAAUAAAACACAAGUGGCUGCAGUCCUCGCAUUAACUGGGCUUCACUAUUUCAACCUUAUUAAACAAUAUUCUAUCGACCAGAAUGAUUUGUUUGAGCAAUUUGAAGAUCAAUGCCUUCAGGAAGAGCAGCAAGCAAAAGUAUUUCAUAAACUUUGGGGAGCGGAUUUGAAAAAGCAGCUUUAUGAAUCAGCACUGAAAUCUUUGAAUGAAGCCAUUGGUGUAUGUGCCUUCAACCAUUUGCUAUAUGAGAAAAGAUCUUAUUGUUAUUUGCAACUGUGUCAAUACAAAAAAGCCUGGAGUGAUGCAAAACGGUGCACUGUCCUGAAACCUCAUUCCAUAGAGGGGCAUUAUCUGUUUGCGGGAGCUCUGUGUGGAAAAGGAUGGUAUACACGUGCUCUGAAGGCCAAUUCCUUGGCUAUUCAAGCAUGUCAGAGGAAACGAAUGAAUGUCAAAGGUUUGACAGAGCAGCGAGAGCUCAUUCAAACUGAGCAAGUACUUUCAUCAAAAGAGAAAGAAAUUGGGAAUCAGAAGAGUGACAACACCAGUUUGAAGGAAAGCAGUGGUUCUGAGAGCUCUCCAGUUGAGGAGGAUGAUGAGGAAGAUGAUGAAUCCAGAGAAGAUGAAGCAAAGGUUGUGGAUGUUUGGUUGGAAGUCACUAAAGAUAAUGAUGUACAGGCAGAACAGGAGCAGAAUGAUCAAUCUCUCCAUUUUGAUAUUCCUUUCUUAUCAUUGAACUUCAAAGCUAGCAGCUCUGAUUCUGAACAUGAUAGUUUUGACGGAUUGAACCAAGGUCAUGGGUCAAAGGUGUUACCCAGUGGACAUACUUCUGAUUCAGAGUCAGGCUCCAGCUUGAAGGAAGACCAGAGGGAUUUUACAGUUCCACAUAAUUCUGUGGAAUCUGACAGCCAGGAGAAAGAUUUCCCUGCCAUUGGAACAGAAGCACCACCCGACCCAUUUACAGACUCUGGAAAAGAUGUUUCUGCUCCUGGAACAAUUGCAUCAUCAUCUUCCACGGGUUCCAGCAAGGAUCUGAACUCCCUCUCGGUAUCUUCUGGAGCACACCAAUCACCUUAUCAAAGUGUAAUGGCCAAGGAGAUCGAGCAAGUAUGCAGUGACAGCAAACAACGUGUAUCUUACAACAAUGCAGAACAGGAGGAAGAACAAAAAUCAGAGAUGAGCUCAAAGGUGGAAGAGAGUUUGCUGAGAUGCAAAUUGAAAGAAGCUUCUGAGGCAUUGAUGGCAUCUAAUUUUAGAAAUGCUCAGGAAAACUAUUUGCAUGCCCUUAAAUUAAUAAAAGAAAAAAAGGUCUACAACUUGACAACGAUGGAGUACAUACUCGUUGAGUAUGCCUGCGGUUUUGCCUUUUUAGGAAAUAAUUUAAUUCAGGAUGUUUUAGAAGCUGAACGACACUUCAAGAAAAUUCUUGAGGAGUUCAGGGAUGAAGAUUGCACUAACUUCAGCUGCCUAUCAUAUUAUGGUUUAAGUCGGGUCCACCUCAAAUGGAACAGAUAUAAAGAAGCAAGGUCAUUCAUAGAGAAGUCUCUGAAGCUGGUGGAGAGUAAUUUAGUCCCAGGGCUUCAGACCUGGCCGGGCACAGAUACAACCAUUGAAGAAACCAGGGAUGGUGCGCUGAAGGACCUGCUGAAUGCGCUUCUUAAAGAGUGUUUGUGUCCACCAAGGCCUGAUGCUGUCUGCCAUUAUCGAUUCUGUUGCACCCAUAACAGCAAACAGGAUAUUUAUAGGUCUGAUCCUGACUUUAAGGGGUUUGUCCGAGUUCACUGUAGCUAUGACUGCCAUAUUGAAUACCAUUUAUACUGCUGGAAACGCUGCAAAAUUAAAGAGUUCCAAGAUAAAAUAGAAAAAGAUAUUCUGGGUUUAGACUGCCUCACACCUGACUGUAUGGGAUGCAUCUGGAAGGUUGACAUUUUUCAAGAUUCGAGGCAAAAGACGAUUGAAAGCUCCAAGUCAAAAGAACAUAAAAGUGCCAGAAACACAGCAACCAAGCAGUGUAGUAGCACUUUUAACUUGAAGAAGAUUGCCAGGAAAAAGGAAAAGAAGCAACAAAAUCCAGUAAAACAUUCAUCAAGUAUCUACCAGGACCAAAUCGAUACACCAAACAAAAAGACUGAUCAGACUGAACUAAAGGAUGACCCUUCUGGAGCUAGAAGGAGGGAAGGCAAAUACAAGAAAAAUAACUGGCCUUCAGAUGGAUGGAUAAAAGAUGAUAAAAUUGGGUAUACAGAAGAGGCAACAGUAAAGGUAUAUGAAAGCAGUUUCGUGGAUUCCAGAAAGGCAGAUUAUUACCACUGGUCGACAAAAGAGGAAAAGCUGCAAAACUCGUUUGCCAGGAUGUGCAUUGAUGAGGUUCUUCUUAAUCAGCAUCCAUCGCUUGAUAGCACAAAGAGUUGUGACGCAGCAGUUCUCACGGAUCCAAUAAGACCUUUUGAAAGCAAAGAGAAAACCUUUCUGAUUCUAUACCAUGACAAAACUCAACUGCUGAAGAGCUAUGAGAAACUUCAAAAUGUGUACAAUCAACUUUGUUCUGAUACUCAGGAUGAACUCAGAGCCUGCAAGGAAAAGCAUGAACAGCUGUUGCUCAACGAAAAGAAACUGAGAGAUGAGCUCUCCACAGUAAAGACACAACUGGGGUCUGUCAGAGAGAAGCUGCAUGAUCAGAGAGAAUUUCAGUCGCAAGAACUUGGUGCCGUACAAGAAGAACUUAAAUCAGUGAAGAAUGAUAUAGAAAGGAACAAGAAAACUAUACAUGAAAUUGAUGGAGAAAUUAAGAAGAUAAAAGGAAAGAGAGAAAAACAGACCAGCGACAAGAAGAAAUUGCAGAAAAUGCGUGGCAACACAAAAGCAAAGAGCAAAGAGUCAGCAACCAGACUCUUGGCUGUUCAGUCUCAAAUACAGGAAUGGAAGAAAUACACAAAGUUGUAUUUUCUCAAUCGCCAGCAUCAGGAGGCUGUGGACAAUGUGAAGUUCUUUUCAACACUGAAAACUCGGAAUGCAAAUUCACCAGAAGUCAUCGCUAGCCAUGACAUGUGGGAGAGACAAAUGAAAGGAAUUCAAGGGCAAAUUAAUCUGAUCCAGGCUGCCUCUUCGCCACAGGAAUCAGAAUAUUCUGAUGGUGUACCUAACACAGACUCCAGUGAAUUGAUAGCACCUCAGUUCAGAGACGUCAACGAUUUUAAAAUUCGGCAGGGAUCGUCACCAUCUCCGACAAGGGCUGAAAUGAGGAAGAAUGUCGGAUUUGCUGGGGCAUCUGCCUCUGCUGAAGCUGGAUGGUUUUCACCAGCAUCCAGAACUCAUGGCAUUAAUGCCGAAACAUUACCGAGGACAGCAAAAGAUGCCUACAUACCUUUGGCUUGGCCACCCAACUACACAAAUCCUCCAGCGAUGCAACACAUUCCACUCACGGAUUGCGGCUGGUCUGACCCUGAACUGGAAUUUAGGGUGCCUACUGACCAAAACCAGUUUCAUGAUGAAUCACUUCAGCUUGCUGCUGGAGGUUUGGAAAUGACAAAUCCCUCAGCUGAAGCAAAUCCAGAUAUUUCCCUCUCUGGCUUACAGACAUCUCAUGUGUCUGGGAAUCUACAGAGCAAUCCAUUUGAGACCUACAGUACCCAGAUUAAUCCCUUUAACAAACACUUCAACCAUUUGCCGCCUGCACAGCCAAUUAUACAGUCUGGUAAUAAUCUGCAGGUCUUACAGGCCCCGGGGCCGUUGGUUGGAGCGUGUGCCAACAGUGCACAGACCGAUGAACCACAGUCGUCCUAUCACACCGUAAUGAAACAGCUUUUCUUCAAAUUUCCUACAAUAAGCAAAACAAGUUUGCACUCUUUGAUUAAUAAAGUGAAAGAUGAAAAUGGUGGCACUCUCUCAAAUCUGUCUGUUGCCGAGCUGGUGAGACAAGUCUCCUAUCAUGUUCACCAGGGUACCCAUCCAGACACGGUAUAUGCAUCUUCAACAGAUACUUUAUCGUUUGCUCCAACGAGUUACGAAAACCCUUUCUACCCUGGCCAUCACGCUCUGCAUUCUGAUCAGUCAGCCAUGGCACCCAAUGGGUUUUGUGGCCUUGCACCAGUGGGUGCAGAUGAGUCAUUACCUCUCGGAGAUUUGUUGGAGAUGGAAGGCUGCUUCGAUCACUUGUAGAACCAAGGAAACGAAUUCACAACAGUUAUACUUUUCUAAGCCUAUGUGAACGUAGCUGGCUAACAUGCAACGUUUUUCACUUACGUUUUCAGUGUAGCUAAACACAACCUAUAGAGCUUUUCCCAAAGCAACACACAGAAAAUGCUGCAGAAACUCAGCAGAUCAGGCAGCAUCUGUGAAGAGGAAUUAACAGUUGACAUUUCAGGCUGAGACCUUUCAUCAGGUUCAUGAAGGGUCUCAGACAGAAAUGUCAUUUCUUUACUCAUUUACUUAGAUACUGCCUGACCUGCUGAGUUCGUCAAGCAUUUUGUGUAUGUUACUCUGGAUUUUCUGCCUUGUACAUUGAUAUUGUUAAUUUAGUGUUGAUUUGCUGUUACAUGUGGUGCUAAGUGCCUUUGAAUUGUUAAUUAAACUGUUGUCUUCUGUAAAUCCCGUUAUGUUUGUUGUUACUGCAGAAGUAUUGAUUCCUGGUUCAUCCCCAAAGCCUUUGAGGUGUCCUGCAAUGAACUCCAUUCAUCAGUGUUUUAAAAAUGCUCUUCAAUCCAAGAACACCUUUCUGAAUGCUUUGGGAAUGAAUUGGGAUUGGAUGGAAUGGAUGAGAUUGCUUCCUUGGACAGCCAAGCAACAUGGAUUCAUUUUCCUCUGCUCCACAUGUGGAAAUACUCAGUAGGUCAUGCAGGAUCUGUGGGUAAAGAAGCAAGAGUCAAGGUUUCGGAUCGAAGCCAUUUCUUUAGUACUCACUGACAUGGGAGAGUUUUG